GGUUAGGUUGGUAACCACAAGUCUCAGGCAUAGUGAGGAAAAUGUGAGGUUAUAUGAUCACAAAUCAAGAGGUUAUAAUUUCAAACAUCGAAAAUACUCAACAAAAUGUCGGAACUAGCGGAAGAAAUCGAAGAAAUGCGAAAAACCAAUUUAUACACCCCCGAAAAGCUACAUUUUAUCCGAAGAACCCGCACAGAAUUCGAGUACAAAAUCAACAGCGUCUCAAAAAAUUUAAAAGACUUCAAAGAAUACAUCAUGUUCGAAAAAGUCCUCUUGAAAGAAAUCCACGGCCACAACAGACGCGAUAAAAGCAUACAAUCCGAACGCAAAAGCAGCAUCGAGUACAAAAUUCUGCGCCGGAUUAAAAACUUAUACGAAAUAGCGCUGCAAAGGUUCGCACAUGAUUUUUCCUUGUGUUUAUCGUAUUUUAAAUUUUGCAAGCAGUCGAAUUACAUUAAUGCGGCUUCCGUGGCCAUUCAGAACAUGAUAAAGAACUGCGGUCAAAACCCGGAAGUGUGGCAAGUGGCUGCCGCAUGGUAUGCUCAAGACCGGAAUGACCCCAACACUGCGCUAACCGUACUCAACAAAGGGUUAACUAUUCAUAAAGACAGUCAGCUGUUGUAUACAGAAGCUGUUAAGUUGGAGUUGUCGGUGGUUAAAGAUGACACGUUUCAGGAUGAUAUAACGAAAAGGGUGUGUCAGAGGGUGGAAACGUAUGUGCAUUUUAUUUCUGAUCAUGUGAAAGACUGCAACUAUUUCAUUGAAAUUUUAAAUUUGUUAGAAGGGUAUAGUUUUACGGCGCCAGUUCAGGAUUUAAUAAUCGAGAAAUUGUUGGAAAAUUAUUCUGAUAAGGAGUUUGUGUGGCACACUCUGGCACAGAGGGAGAGAAAAAAGUUAGAAAACAUGUCAGAGGAAGACAUACAGCUGUACGGCAAAAACUAUAUACUUUCUUGUUUUGACAAAUACAAAGAGGGUUUGAGCAAAGUGCCUCCAUCCGAAAGAAGUAGCCUUUGGUCAAUGUAUCUCGACUGCCUUGUGGACGCACAGCGUGAAAAUAACGGCAUGCCAAAAAUCGAAAAAACCGAUCUUCUUAAAUCCGCUUUGGAACAAGCUUCAGAGGAAAAAUAUCUACCAGAAAGAUAUUACAUGCAUUGGUUAGAGCUUGUAACGGAUGAAGAAGCGUUGCAUAUAUUAGAAAAAGCAACUGUAGCCCUACCCGAGUCUAUAGACUUGUGGAAAAUGCGUCUUCGGUACGCAACUAUGACCGACAGGAAGAGUAAAGUUGAUGAAGUGUUUAAACAAGGGGUUGAGAAGCUUAACGAAACGUCGUUGCCGUUGUGGCUUACGUAUAUUCGUUACUGUGGACUGCUGUCUGAUGAUCGAAUCCGCGACAUAUACGAAGAGGGGAUUAAGGGACCACCAGAGGUCUCUGAAGUGUUAAAACCCAAAUACAUAGAAUGGUUAGCGUUUAUGGAAGGGGUUGAGGCCGCACGAACUAAAUAUAACGAACUAGCGAAUAAGCAACCAUUUUGUAAAGAAUUGCACUUCACCAUGUCCAAACUAGAGUCGACGGAAUUCGAUCAUGACUACGACGCGUGGGCUCGGGUUCACGAACUAGCGUGCAAACAGUUCGGUGAAGAAGACGUAGAUGUGUGGAUUAAUCACAUUUUGUUUUAUUUACAUUUCCACAAGAUCGAUAAUGUUGGUGAAAAAGUGCAACAGAUUUGUGUGGAGGCGGAAAGGACUCUUUCGCCCCUACUGGUCUCCUAUUUUAAGGAAAAAUACAAUAAAGCGCGCUUUGAACACUAGUGUAUAGACUUUAUUGCGCAUGUGCGUAAAGUUGUCGUUAUGGAUUAAAAGUUUAAAAGCACCCGGUAGUAAAUUCCCCAACGUUGUCCCUACAGGACUGAUACGUCAUCCACCCGUCGAAACCAUCUCCGGAAAGCCUUUCAUUUUCCGCAAAAAUUUUCUUUACACACGCGACGUCGUCUGCAAUAUCGUCGUCUCGGAAUUUUGAGCACACCGCGUUGCAGUUUUUCCCCGGGUGUUUGUCGUCGGAGCACCAACACAGUUGGCUUAUUUGGAAAAUUCCGUGGUCCCCCGAAACGCGGUUGAAGGCGCUGGUGUCGUAAAGCGAUUCGUAGUUAGCUAUACACACCCAUGUUGGUAGUUGAUCGAGUGGAAAGCCGUAGUUGUAUCUCAAAGCUCUUGCGAGUUCACACCUUCCGAACACUUUUGCUUCUGGUGUGGUUAAGCACAGGAGGAAGGUGACGAAGAAAAACGUUGACGGUGGCAUGACGGCGCGAUUACAACUUUAUAUGAGGGUUUUUAUUUUUUUAAAUCAUGGCCACUUAAAGUUAAGUGCAAUAAAGUGGACAAGUGGCGCAGUUUUCCCAACUAAUUCGUGAUGAUUAAAACAGAAAGGUGCCUGUCGUGAGUUUGAGAAAGACUGAUUGGUCUGGUUAUGUUGUUUAUCAAAGUGGCACGUGUUUUCUUCUCUUUAAUAUGUUGAGUGUUUUCAACUGAGUAAAUUUCAACAAACUAAGCUGUGAUUGUUUGCUUCAGGACUUUAGUGUUUUUGUCAGAUUAACAAAACAACUUAACGUAAUAUGAUACAUAUAUUGCAAUUGUGAUUAGGGAUCUUUGCAUAUACGUAAUUGGUUGCCAACCAAAUUACUAGAUUUACAUGGCCUACCUUUGUCAAAAAAUAUCCUGAACGGUAUAUAUUGAAGAACCGAAACAUUGUAAAUUCCCAGAACUGAAAUACUGAAAAACUGAAAAAUGGAAGGAAAAUUGAAAAAUCGAAAAAUUUAGAAACGUCAAAAAUUGAAAUCUGAAAAAUAAAAAAAUUUAAAAAUCGUAAAACUGAAAUAUCGGAAAACUGAGAAAUCGAAAAAUGAAGAAAUUCGAGAACCCGAAAAUAUGAAGAAUCGAGAAAUCGAAGAAUCGAUAAAUUGAAAAAUCCCAAUAGUAAUAUGUCGAAAAAUUGAGAAAUCGAAAUGGAGCAAAACUGAAGUAAGAUCGUAAAGUUAAUAAAUUGAAAAACUGAACAUUUUUGAAAAAAAAAAUCGUAUCAAAAACUAAAAAUUCAAAAAAUCGAGAAAUUGAACAAUCAAAAAAUCAAAACAUUGAAAUCCCAGUACGUUGAUAAAUAGGAAAAUUUAAAAAACAAAAAUUUUAAAAAUCCAAGAAUUGAACAACAAAAAAAAUCUAAGCCUGAAAACUCGAAUGAUCGAGAAUUCAAAACAUCAAAGAAAACAAAAAAUCUAAAAUUUAAAAAUUCGACA